AAGGAAACUCCUUGGAAGCCGUAUCUUAAUCCCGUAGCCUUUUGUUUUAGCUCGUCGAGGCUACCUUCGAGUCUCCGUCACGUUUUUCUUUUUAUAAAAAUUGAAAUUUAGUUGCGAUGGCAAUCCAUAGUCCGUUCUUGUCUCCUUCGUCGCCAAGAAAGAGAAGAGAGAGAGAGGCGAGAGACUCUCCAAAACCCUAACCCUACAUAUUGAUCUCUGCGUCCAUGGCGUCCGGCGGGUCUUCCGGGAGAUCUGGAUCGGGCUCCCGUUUGUUCGAUUUCGGCUCCGAUGAUGUUCUUUGCUCUUACGACGACUACACCACGCAGGAUAACUCCAAUGGAAAGCGAUCGGAUCCCUCGGGAAAGGAUUUCCAUGAGAGCAGAAUGGGAAGACCAUUGGUUAAUAUUUAUGAGCAAGAGGACUAUUCCAAAGAGAAGGUGAUACCUGCUGUUGAGAAGUGUAUGAAGAAAUAUGCUGACAAUCUACUCCGGUCUCUUGAGGGAAUUAGCGGACGGCUGUCUCAGCUGGAAUUAUAUUGCUUCAAGAUUGAACGUUCGAUAGGGGAAUUUCGAUCAGAUAUUAUUCGGGAUCAGAGUGAAACAGAACUGAAGUUCAAGACUCUCGAGAAGCAUCUCCAAGAAGUCCACAGGUCUGUACAAAUUCUGAGGGACAAACAAGAACUUGCUGAAACUCAGAAAGAGCUGGCCAAACUUCAACUUGUGCAGAAAGAGUCUCCACAGAAGAAUGAAGAGGCUGUUGUUCCAUCAUCAUCUGAGACCAAACGACAUGAUGACAAGCCAAAUGUGGCAAGCCACCAGUUGGCUCUUGCUCUGCCCCACCAAGCAGUCAGUCAAUCAUCCUCAUCGCUACCCAUGCAGCAGCCAGCACCUGUGCAGCAAGAUCGCUCUAUGUUGAACCAACCAGUCGCAUACUACUCCCAGCGGCAACCUUUGCCUCAAGAUCAACAAAGCCAACCCAUACAGGCUGAGCUACAAUAUGUGCCACAGAGGCCCCAAAUUCAGGAUAUUCCAGUCCAGGCACCACAGCAGCAGCCUCAGGUAGUAAGUCAGACUCAACAGCCAUACCCUCAGUACCAGCAGCAAUGGCCUCAGCAACCUCAGCAGUUUCCACAACAGGUGGUGCGGCCGCAGCAACCUGCUCCACAGGCUCAAAUUAGACCUCAAGCUCCACCACCCUCUUACCCUCCUUACCCCCCACAAUCUGUCAUUCCUGUUCCUGAAUCAUACCCUGGCAGCAUGGCGAUGCAGGUCCCGUACUCCACAAUUUCUCAGCCUGGUGGGAGUCGUCCUGAAGCUGUGCCGUUUGGUUACGUGGGAUCAAGCAGCACAGUCUCGCAACCAAUGCCUCAGCAUAGUUUACAACGGCAGCCACAGCCUCCAACGAGCCACAGCUCUUUUGGACCACCACCGAUAAAGGGUGGGUAUGUGGGUCCUGCACCUUACACACCACCAUUGAAUGUUCAGAGUUACAGCACAACAUACAGCUAUCCUCCAAGCAAUGCUUCAGCUGCCCAGAAUCAGCAACUGCCACCUGGUAAUGUUGUUGGGGUCCAUCCUGGCCCACAGCUGGUGCGCAGUCACCCAUAUGGAGAAAUGAUCGAGAAAGCUGUUGGUAUGGGAUAUGCAAGGGAACAUGUUGCGAGUGUGAUCCAGAGGAUGGGGGAGACUGGUCAGCCUAUGGACUUCAAUUCCUUGCUUGAUAUGCUCAAUGGCCGAGCUACCAGUGCAUCCGCACGAGUAUGGUCAGGCUAGUACGAUGGCUUAAUACAGAAAUGUGGAGGUAUCAAUAUAUCCUCUCCUAAAGGAGGUGCUUUUUUAAUGCUUCCUUCUAGUUAUCAGGUGUUCAAAAAUAAUCUUCAAGUGCAUGGUGGUUGUAAAUACGAGUGGAUGCUCAUAUUGGCUUUCUUGCAAUACCUGGGUUCACAUGAAUUUUGUUGGUGCUGACGGCAUCACUUUAUAAAUUGAUGGUGAAUGUGUUGCUGAGACAUAUUAUGCCAAAUUAGAGAUUAGCCUUCAUCUUUUGUUGAGCAUGAUUGCAGUUGUUAUGAACGGCUACAGCAUGGAUAUUUUGUUUUUAUAGUUUCUUAGAACCAAUUAAAUUUUAGGGGAUUCUCUCCAUUUCCUUU